AUGACUGACGCCUCUGAAAUUCCUAAUUUUUUUGAUGGUACUGUGGAUCUAGGUAUCAUCGGAGGCACUGGUCUGUACCAUUUGGAAUGCCUCGAGGCCAUCGCCGUUAUUCCAGCGAUGGUUACUCCUUGGGGUACCACCUCGUCGCCAAUCACCAUUUCCAAAGUGGUCGGAGACUCUCAGCAGCAUUUCCAUGUUGCUUUCAUUUCGAGACACGGCCUUCACCAUCAGUACUCGCCAUCCACUGUUCCAUUCAGAGCUAACAUGGCGGCUUUGAAACAUUUGAAGUGCAAAGCCGUCUUGUCGUUCAGUGCAGUUGGCUCGUUGCAACAGCACAUCAAACCUCGCGAUUUCGUCUUGCCACAGCAAAUAAUUGAUAGAACUAAAGGAAUUCGGGAAUCCUCUUACUUCAACGGCGUUGGUCUUGUCGGCCAUGUUGGCUUCGGAAAACCAUUUUCCGAGUCUUUUGCGAAGUACAUCAGCCAGUUCGGUAGCGUCUUGAAACACGCUGAUCCAAAGGAAUCAUGCUCGCUUCACUUCGGAAAGGACACCACUGUCGUCUGUAUGGAAGGGCCUCAGUUUUCUACGCGUGCCGAAUCCAAGAUGUACAGAAUGCUUGGCGGUGACGUUAUCAAUAUGAGCGUUUUGCCGGAAGCUAAGUUGGCCCGUGAAUGCGAACUUCCUUACCAAAUGGUUUGCAUGUCCACUGACUACGACGCUUGGAGAGAUGAGGCCGAGCCAGUCACCGUUGAAACUGUCAUCGCCAACUUACACAACAACGGGGCCAACGCAAAUGCCUUGGCAUCGACUAUCAUCACCAAUAUGGCCAAUGAAUUGCCUGAAUUCAUGCUCACUGGUGACGGACUCCAGGGCUCGAUCAAGAUGAGCAUCUCGACCAAACCUCACGCAAUGUCCAAAGAGACCAUAGCCAAGUUGGAAUACUUGUUACCUGACUAUUGGUAG